CGGGCGCAGCGGUCGCGGCAGCCAGCGGGCCUCAGGCCGCGAGCCCCGGGGCUGCGGCGCGGGCCGCCAGCAGCCGCAACGCUGCGCGGGCGAGCAAGCGGGAGAUGCCGAAGCUGCGCGGGGAAGCAUUCUGGAGGGAGACGCUGCGGAGCGCCCACUACGUGGUGGCGCCCAUGGUGGACCAGAGCGAGCUGGCCUGGAGGCUGCUAAGCCGCCGCCACGGCGCCCAGCUCUGCUACACACCGAUGCUGCACGCCCAGGUCUUCCUCAGGGACGCCAACUACCGCCGCGAGAACCUCUACGACGAGGCCUGUCCCGAGGACCGCCCGCUCAUCGUGCAGUUCUGUGCCAAUGAUCCUGAAGUGUUUGUCCAAGCAGCACUGUUGGCUCAGGAUUACUGUGAUGCCAUAGACCUAAAUUUGGGUUGCCCCCAAAUGAUUGCAAAGAGAGGUCACUAUGGAGCAUUUCUGCAAGAGGAGUGGGAUCUUCUUCAGAGAAUGAUUUUACUGGCUAACGAGAAGCUCUCUGUUCCCAUCACAUGCAAAAUCCGCGUUUUCCCAGACAUUGACAAGACAGUGAAGUAUGCACAGAUGCUGGAGAAAGCUGGCUGCCAGCUGCUGACUGUGCAUGGCCGUACUAAAGAACAGAAAGGACCACUGGCUGGUGUGGCAUCUUGGGAGCACAUUCAAGCUGUAAGAAAAGCUGUAAACAUUCCUGUAUUUGCAAAUGGAAACAUCCAGUGUCUCAGCGAUGUGGAAGAAUGCAUCCGUAAGACAGGAGUACAUGGUGUCAUGAGUGCAGAAGGUAAUCUUCAUAACCCAGCUUUGUUUGAGGGCCGGAACCCAUUGGUGUGGGAGAUGGCUGAGGAGUACCUGGAGAUCGUGCGGAAGUACCCUUGUCCAUUGUCUUAUGUUAGGGCUCAUCUCUUCAAGCUCUGGCAUCACACGCUUCAAGUUUACCAGCAACUGCGUGAAGAAUUAGCAAAAGUGAAGACUCUAGAGGGCAUUGUAGAUGUCAACAGGGAGCUGAAACUGCGAUGCCAGGUACCAGGAUGGGCCCUAAUCUCCCAGAACAGCACUGCCUGCACUUGGUGGGAAUGUGCCAAGAAGACUGACUGUAACUCUAUGCUGCAGGAAGAAAUAGCUAAUCAGAAAGAAGGAGAAAAGCCAAAACAAGGGUUGCCUUUUUUCCACUGGAUCUGUCAGCCAUACAUCAGGCCAGGGCCAAAGGAGAGAUGCAGGGAGAAUGGAGAUAGUGGAACUGAAAAAGGUGUGCGAGGAAAACGUGCUCUGGAAGAAGAGGAAGAUGGAAAUUCUGAGCUUCUGUCAAAGAAUAAACAAAAAAAGAAGUUACGAAAUCCAAAUAAAAGCUUUGAUCCAUCUUUAAAACCCAAGUAUGCAAAAUGUGAUCAGUGUGGAAACCCUAAGGGCACUAAAUGUGUGUUUAACAUGUGCCGAGGAUGCUGUAAGAAAAGAGCAUUCAAGGAGGUAGCAGAUUGCCCAGGUCAUGGAUUACUUUUUAAGACCAAGUAUGAAAAAUCCCUUCCAUGGCAGCACAGUCAAAGAGGAAUUCAGACGCCAGAGAUCAGUCAGAGAGGAGAUGCAGAGGUAGGGGAGACAGCAGUGCUGAAGGAGGCUGGUGACAGUACAGGGUGAAGCUUUGGAAAUGAAACAGUCCAAGAGCUCCUGCCAGACCACUAUACUACUUCCCUGGGCCAAAGAAUGUGUCAUCUCCAGCUCACUGUCAGCUGUGUGAACUUCUUCCACAUAAUUAAGUUCUGGAAAAGUUUUAUUUAAGUAAAAAACUGCUUACUCAGGGAAUUAUCCUGCAUUUGAAAUAAAAGAGAUUGAAUUAAA